AUGGAUGCAGAUAAAAAUAGGAAAUAUGGAGAAGCUGAAUGGUACUUUUUCACUCCGAGGGACCGGAAGUAUAAAAAUGGUAGUCGUCCAAAGAGAGCAGCUGGUGAUGGAUACUGGAAGGCCACUGGAGCUGACAAAGCAGUUAGGUCUAAUGGUGCUCUUGUUGGAUUCAGAAAGGCUCUUGAGUUUCGAGUCAAGGAUUCUCCCGUUCGAAGAAAAAAUGGAGAGAAUGACAUGAGGUUGGAUAAUUGGGUACUCUGUAGAAUUUAUAAGAAAGUUGAUAAGAACAGCAAAAGAUGUGAAACUCGAAAUCAUGUCGAGGAUUCUCUAUCCCCGCAGCCCCAGAUUAUAAAUGGGGAAGGUAUGGAGAUGGAGAUGGAGAUGAGCACCCUUUUUGAUCCUGUGGUGGAGUAUGACAACAAAUACUCAAUCAUGCAAAAUGUUUAUGGUGUAUCACAUAAUGGCAUGGUUCAUAGCCAAUUGCAAGCAGUCCCCAUGAAUGAAGUGCCCAGUUAUCUAAAUAUUGGGCACCCACAAGCAAUUAGUGCUAGAGCUUCAUCCAUGCCAUUGUUGCUUGACAGUCUGCUCGAGUCUAGAUACAUUGAUGAAUCAACUAUCCAUCCAAACGAUUUGUACAACUUGAAGGCAUUUGAAAGAAGUCUCUACGAUACUUACCAAAG